AUGCUAAGUUAUACAUAUUUAACUUGUGGAAGAGAGAUUAAUUAUCGUGUUUUGCUACAAAAUCAUGUAAAGGUUCAUAAUAAUGCAGUCAUUGACAGAGCUUUACAAGAAAUUUCUGGAAAAUUGAGUUACAACAAACAAUUAGAAGAAGAAGAGAAAUUGAGUUAUGAUGAACAAUUAGAAGAAGAAAAGAAGUUUAGUUAUGAAGAACAAUUUGAAGAAGAAGAGUUAAGUUAUAACAAAUAA